AGUAAAUUAUUUGUGGGCUUUUUUGAUUGAAACUCUCUUGCUUUCUUAUGUCCUUCCGCAACGGAGCCGAACCAGAACCAAAAUUCCGGCAUUUCUCUCUCUUCUCUCUUUCUCUCUUCUCUCAUGUCAAGAUGGGAGUAACCAUACGUCGCGCAAUCAACUCCACUCUCAGAAAUUCAUUAUUCUUUUCCCUCUCUCUACGCUCUAUAUCUUCCUCCACCACCCACUUCUGCACCUCCCAACAGAACCCUCAAACCCUAAUUCCACUAUUACCACCACCAUCCCAAAAUCCUAUUACCCCAAACCCUAACCCUAACCCUAACCCUAGCCCUAGCCCUAGCCCUUGCCCUAACCCUAGGACCCGAACCCCUAUCGAGAAGCAAUUCGAGACAUGGAUCGAAAAGCUCAAACCCGGGUUCACUCCAGAUGACGUCGACGAAGCCUUGCGCGCCCAAUCGGAUCCCGAUCUCGCACUCGACAUUUUCCGGUGGACUGCUCAACAACGCGGUUACAAGCACAACCACGUCACCUACCUCACGAUCAUCGAAAUCCAAGUCUUCGGUCAGCGGUAUCGUCAAGCCGAAACCCUAAUUGAGGAGGUAAUCGCAGGAGCUUGCUCCGCAAGUUUGCUCCUUUUCAAUUCCAUGAUUCGAUUUUGUUGUGGUCGUAAGUUUUUAUUCAAUCGUGCAUUUGAUGUUUACAAAAAAAUGUUGAGAUCUGAAGACGCUAAACCCUCGUUAGAAACGUACACAUUGCUCUUGAAUUCACUCCUUAGGAAAUUCAAUAAGUUGAAUGUUUGUUAUGUGUAUUUACCCGCUGUGAGAUCGUUAACGAAGCAAAUGAAGGCUUCAGGGGUGAUUCCUGAUACAUUUGCAUUGAAUAUGAUCAUUAAGGCUUACUCUAGGUGUCUUCAAGUUGAUGAAGCAAUUAGGGUUUUCCGGGAAAUGGGAUUGUACGGAUGCGAGCCGAAUGCAUAUACAUAUAGUUAUAUAGCUAAGGGUUUGUGUGAGAAGGGUAGGGUGAAUCAAGGUUUUGGUUUGUAUAAGGAGAUGAGAAGUAAAGGCUUGAUGCCAAAAAGUAGUACUUACAUGAUUCUGAUUUGCAGCCUUGCGAUAGAGAGGAGGUUUGAUGAUGCCACCAAUGCUGUGUUUGAUAUGCUGCGUAAUUCCGUGGCACCUGAUUUGCUGACUUAUAAAACCCUCUUGGAAGGGUUGUGUCGGGACAGGAGGGGUAAUGAUGCUUUUGAACUUCUGGAACAAUUUAGGAAGAGGGAUAGUCAAAUGAGUGAAAAAACCUAUAAGACCUUGUUGGAUGGAUUGCAUUUUGUAAGUAGGGAGUAGGUAUCAUAUUUUUUUUCCUCAAUUUUGUCCUUAGAACUCAGACAUGUCUUGUUAGACUCAAGUAGUCCAGAUAACUUGACGUGUUGGAGCUAAACAAGGAUGACAGCACUAUUUAAUCAGUCCAGGAAAUUUGGGUAUCGGGUUUGUCUUUGUAUAUAUUGAAUUAUUCUAUAGUGAGAAAUGGCCAGAGGAUGCUUCCUAGUUGGCUUGAUUCAGCUUCAAUUAUGAUUCUAUGAAUGCUGGGAACAGUUUAGAUUAGUGGUGACACUACACUUGGCUUCCAAAUUGUAUGUACCUUGCUUAUUCUGUUUGGCCACAGAGAUGGUAUGAGGUCAGUGUAAAAGCAGAGUCACAGUGUUUUUCCAUUUUAUUUUCAUGGUAGAGAUACAAAAACAAUUCGCUGCCUUGUGUAUUUGGAAUGACAUUGGUUAAGCCAUGUGAGAUUGUUAUAGAACAGGUGGUGCAAAGUUUCUCGGCAUCCAGAGCUGCACCCUAUAUUUCUCCCCCGGAACAUCACAAAGAGAUAAACUGGCAGGAAAUGACUUCAAUGGCAGCAUUCUUUUUAAGGGAUCCUGGAGUUUAUCUUAUUACUGUGGUGCUAACUAUGUUUUAGACUGUCUUGUUAUCAGUGCUUCGAGUCCUGGAGUAUGCAGAGUGCGUUCCAUUAACAUACAAGCUCAAGGUUUAGCAAGCAGAACAUCUAUUCUGAAAAUGAGAGACAUUGUAACAUUGUUCAUGGAUGACACCGAAAUUAUGUUAUACAUUUGUCCUGCUAUAUAAAAGAUGAGAGCUUGGUGAGUAAAUAGUGAUACGGCUGUUCACUGUUGUAUUAGUUCAGAUGAAGUUGAGUACACUGUUGCUUGGACUGGAUGCUUGUAAGUUUUUACAACUUUCUCUCAUUCACUGAAUAGACAAGUUAUGCAAAUAAACUGCGUAAGACGUAGACAAAAUACUAGAAUUACAUAUUAUUAUUAUCUUUUUGUGAACAUAGAAUUACAUAUUAUUAUUAUCUUUUGUGAACAUAAUGUAAUGUUAAUGAUAGAAAUGUUCAAUUUCUGAGUCUUCAUUUUGUGUGAUGAAAUUAAGGAUAUCUACACUAGCCCAUGCAUAUAUUGGACAACCCCAACAAACUCUCUUCAAAAAAAUUUCCUCAAGAUUUGGUGGUGGGUAUUGCAUUUGUGUCGUAUCUGUUGGGUAUCACUCGGCAGGAUGGAGCGGAAUAGAACUUUGAUGGGGAGGAGGCUUGUAGGGGAGAAGUUGUAAAUGCAUAGAGGAAAUAGUUGAUUUCUUAGGUUCUUAGGGCCCUUCUUGGCUUCGGCCAUUGUGUAGUUCAUGGGAUGCUUUCUGCUUUCCAUUUCAUUUUUACUUGCAAAAAAAAAAAAAAAAAAAAAGAUAAA